AUGGAGUUAGACCUCACACAAGCCUUCCAGAAAGAACUCACCUGCUUCAUCUGCCUGAGCUACCUGAUAGAUCCAGUCACCAUAAGCUGUGGUCACAGCUUCUGUCGAGCCUGCCUCCACCUUUCCUGGGAAGACAUCCAGCCUCCUGUCCAAUGCCCUAUGUGUGGGGAACAAUAUCGGAAAGAAUUGAGAACCAACAUUGUUCUGAAGAAGCUGGUGUCCAUUGUCAGACAAGCCAGCCUCAUGAAGGACCUGAGCUCUGAGGAACAUAAGUGUGUAACUCACAGGGAAACAAAGAGGAUCUUCUGUGCUGAGAACAGGAUCUUCCUCUGUCAACUCUGUUCUAACUCCCUUGAGCACAGAGGACACAGACACGGUCCCAUUGAAGCAACUGCUAAGGAUCAAAUGGAACGAAUUCUGAAGCAAAUGACAUCUUUAUGGGAGAAGAUCCAAGAAAAUCAAGAGAAUAUGGAAGCAGAGAACAGAAUGAAAACUCUGUGGAUGGACUACUUGACUCUUCGGGAAGAAAUGAUCAGGACAGAGUAUAGGAAAUUACAACCACUCCUCUGUGAAGAGGAAGAGAAACACAUUGAGUCUAUGAGAAAUGAAGGCCAAUGUGUUUUAGAGAAACUUGGGACAAGUGAAGCCAUGAUGAUGCAAAAGAGUAAAGAACUAAGAGAAAUGUAUCAGGAGCUGAUGGCAAUGUCCCAGGAGCCAUAUGUGGUCCUGCUGCAGGGUUUGGAUGACAUAUUCAGAAGGAGUGAGUCAAUGCAGCUGAGCAUGAUCCAUACUAUGAAACCAAAACUCCAAGCCCUACCCAUUACUGGACUGACUGAAAGUUAUAAACACUUGCAAGUGCCCAUUUUCUUUGAUAAUGUAACCAUGCUGCAUUACAAGAUGAACCUAUUUUAUGCCAUGAGAAUAUUGAGCUUCAGACCUCGCCAUAAAGAUACAUCUGCGGAUUAUGCUGGCUUCCAUUUUGCUUCCCGGGGAUCACAGAGCUUCAUCUCAGGGAAAUAUUACUGGGAGAUUGAUUUGCAGGACUCUUGGGACUGGGCUGUAGGGGUCUGUAAGGAUUCCUGGUUGAGGAAUAGAAACCAACCGAUUGAAUCUGAAGAUGCAUUUCUUCUUGUGUGUGUGAAGGAGAGUAAUCAUUACAGUCUUAUCACCACAUGCCCAGUGUUCCAGCACUAUAUAGAGAAGCCACUGGGCCGAGUUGGUGUGUUCCUUGAUUGUGAGGAUGGAAGUUUAAGUUUUGUGAAUGUUGCCAAGAGUUCCCUCAUAUACAGGUACCCUCCUGGCACCUUCAAUUUCCCUGUCUGGCCUUUCUUCUCCAGUGGUUUUAUAUGGGGAACCUGGAAUCCAGUACUUUAG